UGGUGUGUGGUCACACACUCGCACUGACUAACCAGCUAGAUUCGGAUCGAGCUGCCAUUGAUGGCGAUCUGGGAGGAGCUGCACUUCGUGCUGGUGCCGCUGGUGGCGCAGGGCCACAUCAUCCCCACGGUGGACGUGGCGCGCCUCCUCGCCGCGCGCGGGCCAAGGGUCACCGUGGUCACCACGCCCGUCAACGCCGCGCGCAACAGGGCCACCGUCGACGGCGCCAGGAGGGCCGGUCUCCCCGUCGAGUUCGUCGAGCUCCCCUUCCCCUGCGCGCAGCUCGGCCUGCCCGAGGGGGUGGAGGCCAUCGACCAGAUGGCGGGGCUCGAGCCGGCCAUGUACCUCAGGUUCUUCCAGGCCAUAUGGAAGAUCGCCGAGCCGCUGGAGGAGUACCUCCUGGCGCUGCCGCGCCGGCCGGUCUGCCUCGUCGCCGACGCGUGCAACCCGUGGACGGCGCCCGUGUGCGAACGCCUCGGCAUCCCCAGGCUGGUGAUGCACUGCCCCUCCGCCUACUUCCAGCUCGCCGUGCACCGCCUGUCGGCGCACGGCGUGUACGACCGCGUCGGGGACGACGUGACGGCGCCGUUCGAGGUGCCGGACUUCCCGGUGCGCGCCGCCGGCAACACGGCCACGCUCCGGGGGUUCUUCCAGUACCCCGGCGUGGAGAAGGAGUACCGUGAAGCGCUGGACGCCGAGGCCACCGCCGACGGCCUGCUGUUCAACACGUUCCGCGGCAUCGAGGGCGUCUUCGUGGACGCGUACGCGGCGGCCCUCGGCAAGAGGACGUGGGCCGUCGGGCCGACCUGCGCCUCCAGCAGCAUGGCCAACGACGCCGACGCCAAGGCCAGCCGCGGCAACCGCGCCGACGUCGACGCCGGGCACAUCGUCUCGUGGCUCGACGCCCGGCCGCCGGCGUCCGUGCUGUACGUCAGCUUCGGCAGCAUCUCGCAGCUGACGGCGAAGCAGCUCGCCGGGCUAGCGGGCAGCCUCGAGGCGUCCGGGCGGCCGUUCGUGUGGGCGAUCAAGGAGGCCAAGGCGGACGCCGCCGUUCGGGCGCUGCUCGACGGCGAGGGGUUCGAGGCGCGCGUCAAGGACAGGGGCCUCCUCGUGCGCGGGUGGGCGCCGCAGGUGACCAUCCUCUCGCACCCGGCGGUGGGCGGCUUCCUGACGCACUGCGGCUGGAACGCGACGCUGGAGGCCGUCUCCUACGGCGUGCCGGCUCUGACGUGGCCCACCAUCGCCGACCAGUUCUGCAGCGAGCAGCUGCUCGUGGACGUGCUCGGCGUGGGCGUCAGGUCCGGCGUCAAGAUCCCCGCCAUGUACCUCCCGAAAGAGGCCGAGGGGGUUCAGGUGACGAGCGGCGACGUGGAGAAGGCGAUCGCGGAGUUGAUGGGCGGCGGGGCGGAGGGGUCGGCGAGGAGGGUCAGGGCCAACGAGGUCGCCGCGGAGGCGAGGGCGGCCAUGGAGGACGGCGGGUCGUCGCACUCCGACCUGACGGACAUGAUCCGCUAUGUCACGGAGCUGUCGAAGCAGAGAAGCCACGAGAGAUCGACGGCCCUGCCUUCCGAGCUCGGAGAGAAGAACGAACAGGAUGCUGUGCUGUCAGUGCAAAUGGCGCAAGUUAGCAUUUAGGAUCGGAUCUUCUGUUUCCCGGAAUAAGUUCAGCGUUGGAUCAUGUUGUAUACGCAAUAUAAAACGCGAUUGAUGAUCAGUUUUGCUAGAACUCAUCUAGAUGAGAUAUAAUUUGGUCUCAUUCACCUUUUAUAGCCAUCGGAUGUGAUGCUAUAAGAUGCGUGUGUGCUGACGUAGGCUGUAUCUCUUCUUGUUUUCAAAGUGAAUGAGAC